UUAUUUUUAUUUGAUAAAACAAAACAAUAUUUCAAUCUUGAAGAUAAGCUAAUUUUAAUCCAAAUGCUUGGAAACCAAGUUUGCCCCUGAAUUAAUAAAGCUAGUAAAAUCUCAAGUGUAAAUAGAAUGUUCCAAAACAAAUUUGGAUAUCUUUGACUGUUUUAUUCAGAAAUCAAAUCUUGCCUUGUUCAGGAUUUUGGCACAAUAAAUCUGCUAUAAAUGCUUGUAGGAGAGCUUGGUUUCUAGAGAAAAACAAGGGUUUUCUUCACUUUUCCAGGAGAGAAAAGUUUCAGGCAAAGAAAAAAGAGAUUAUGGUGAAAGAACCAGGGAGAAAAUGUUCUCCUUGUGGACAUAAUGGCCAAAAUUCGAGAACUUGCAAUAGCAAGGCAGGUUGUGUCAAGCUUUUUGGUGUGAAUAUAGCUGCCAUGGAUCAAAAGCAAGAAAAUUUCGUGAAGAAAAGUUUUAGCAUGGGAAAUCUGCAGUCUCAUGCAGAGAACAACAAUGGUAUUGUCAAGGACGAUGGUUAUUUGUCUGAUGGACAGAUUCAUGUUUCUAAGAAAAACAAAACAGUCCAUGAAAGAAAAAAAGGGAAGCCAUGGACGGAAGAGGAGCAUAGAAUCUUCUUAGCAGGUUUGAGAGAGCUGGGGAAAGGUGAUCGGAGAGGAAUUUCAAAGAAUUAUGUAACCACUAGGAACCCAACGCAAGUUGCAAGCCAUGCACAAAAAUAUUUUCCGAGGCAGGCAGGGAAUGAUAAGAAGAUUCGUAGACCAAGCCUAUUUGACAUGGCUUUUCAAGAAUCCGAAUCCGUAAUAUCUCUUAAUCCCUCUCUUACUUUUGAAAAAGAACAACAAUAUAUAGUUAGUUUGUUCAUGUACAUGACCAGAGCUCGUGGUUUUAAUCAACAGAAUGCAACUCCUUCGGGCUCCCCCUCAGGAAAAACUACUGCUAGAAAUUCAUGUCAGGAUAAUGCACCAUCUCACAUUGUAAACCGAUUUCCACAUCUUUGCUUGGAUGAACGUCCGGUCAUGUCGAUGGCGGCAUCUCAUAAUUUUCCAACUUAUUAUAACAGGAUUCAACCCAUGGUAAGAACCUAUUUGCAAUACAAUAUUUUCCUCUGAAAAUGCCAAACCAAAUAUAGAAAAACUUCAUCAAUAAUCAAAGUUUAAACAGGCAGGAGGAGUUCCCAAUGGACAAGGCUUACCA